AUGGAAGGCCCCACCUUAAAACGUACAGGAACUAAAGGAUCUGCUGCUAACAUCUUGGUGCCAGAUACCAAAGGACACCUUCAGGGAUUCUCGCGGUGUAGUGACUGCCCAAAGCGGAAGUGUGCUGAGAGAGUUAGAGUAAACAUGGCGGCUUCAGUGAGCGGCAGAAGGAGAGAAACAAGAACACUUUCGCAACUAAACUCCUUCUCCAUUUUGUAUCCAGUCGUGGUGUUUUACUGUCUGGUCGUGCUGCCUGUCACGGCCAAGCGGGACAACCUGAGGGUGAUCACGGACGUGAACUGGGAGGAGAUCCUGACGGGAGAAUGGAUGAUAGAAUUUUAUGCUCCAUGGUGUCCAGCUUGCCAGCAGCUGCAGCCUGUGUGGAAUGAAUUUGCAGACUGGAGUGAUGACAUUGGAGUCAACAUUGCUAAAGUGGAUGUAACUGAGCAGCCUGGAUUGAGUGGCAGAUUUAUCAUCACAGCUCUUCCGACCAUAUACCACUGUAAAGAUGGACUGUUUCGGCGGUACCAGGGUGCACGCACUAAAGAAGACUUCCUAAGCUUCAUUGAUGAGAAGAAAUGGCAGAACAUUGAGCCAAUUUCCUCUUGGUUUGGCCCUUCCUCUUUCAUGAUGAACAUGAUGUCUGCUCUCUUUAAGCUGUCCAUGUUUAUCAGGCAAUGCCAUACCUACCUAACAGAGCAAGUCGGACUUCCAGUCUGGGGUUCUUACGUAAUUUUCGGCUUAGUAACCCUCUUCUCUGGACUCACGCUUGGACUGGUGCUGGUGUUUUUUGCUGAUUUUGUAUUUCCCUCACGCCGCUUUUCUUCUUCAGCUUACUAUCAGAAGAAGCAUGCUAUGGAGCAGGCACGCCUUCGGCAGCAGUUGGAGGAAGAGCAAGAGGCUGAUGGUGAGGAAGAGGAGGAUGAAGAUGAAUAUGUUGGGAGUGUGGAGGAGUGGAACAGAGAAGGUGUGAAUGAUGACACUGUGAGGAGGAGAGCGAUGGGAAGAGGUGAGGAGGAGGACACCUAGAGACCUGGAGAGGAAAUGUGAAUUACAACACCAGACCAACCAAACCGCUAUGGAAAUGCAAAGCCCAUGCCAACAUGGCAGGCCUCCUAAUGACAUCACUGAUGAUGUCAGAGCUCUCACUGUGUGUUGCCCUGUAUCCCUCCCUUCAGUUCCUCAGCUCCACCUUCCUUUCCUUUUGUGUGAGAGAGAAAGAAGGGAAGGACUGGGAGAGAAAGAUGGGAGUAGAAAAGACAGGCAGGGGCCAGGACAUAAAAAUGUUUAUGAAAUGAGUUUUUUUUUGUUUAUGAAAUGAACUUUUUGGCUUUUUAUUGCCUGCCUAUCUUUCAGUUGAACUAAUACUUACCUGCUUGAGCAGAGAUGACCAUCGGAGAAUACAAAAACUUUACAUUUUUGGAUUCAUUACUCUUUUUUUGUUUUUGCUGCUUUCUUUAAUAUUUUAAUAUAUUUCUUAGGUUUGUCAGAUUUCAUUGGAUAUUUCAUUUCUGAAAUUUCUAGUCUUUCUUUCACAUUAACUUUUUUUGUGUUGCUCUUUAAGGAUUAAAUUUUGCCAGAUGUUUUUCCAGUCUAUUUUUGCUUCUGUGGAGUUUCAUGUGAUGACUAAAUUGGGGUUACAACUGUUUCAUUGGAGUGGGUCGAAUGGAACAGUGUGAUGAACAUCAGUACCUCAGUUUAGAGACGUAUGAUGGCUCAUCAGUUAAAGCAUUUGAAGUGUUAAAGUGUGCUGUUCUCCAGGAUAGAUCCCAUGCAAUUGUAUUACUGUCCAAAUAAAGUUUGCUAUUUCCCUGA